AUCUUUGUCCAGUGCGUUCUAGACGGCGCGCCUUUGCGGACGUGUGGCGAUUAAAAGAUACAAAGAUACAGAACCAAUAACCAAGAAUUAUGCAACUAGUGCGCAACAUGAAGAGUUGCAAAUAAUUCGAUACAAAAAUAAUACAAACGCGCAAAAGAAACAGCAGCAGCAGCAGCAAAAACAACAGCCCAGGGGCGAAAGAGAAACAUAAACAAUAUAUAUAGCACCUGGCAGGUGUGAAAAAUGGCGCAUCGGCGGCUGUGUGUGAACAACCUGGAUCAAGGGAGCCACCCAGAGAACCCUAAGCAAUUAUGAAAUUAAUAGCCAACUAAUUGGCCGAUUGAAAACGGCGAAAAUCAGCAUUGAACAGCAUUGAACUUUGAAGUGAGCAGUGACAAAUUGGCAAGCUAACGACCUUGCGGAUAGCCGAUUGCGGAUACUUUUCGCAGAUCAGCGAACUCUGGCCAGGCUGCUGGUGGCCAUGAAGCACGAGAAGUCCAACAUCAUGGCUGCUCCGCACAAGCAGCGCCAUCCGCAUCUCGCGGAUAGCUCCGCCCACGUUCCCAGAAGUCCCAUCACCAAGGCCUUUGACUUUCUCCCCUGGUCACGAAGUCGCAGCAAGGUCAACAUGGCCAAGGUCCAGAAUCAGAACCAAAAUCCCAAUCUGACGGUGGAUCAGCAGGCCUCUGUAUCUUCGGUGGAAAAGCCCUCGGAGGUGCACUAUCACAAGAACAUCUUUCGCAGCGGUGGUGGCCUCAUCCGGGAUAUCCUAGUGGGGGAUAAACAUCUGGAGCUCAAGAACAAGCCACCACAGUCCCCAGUUCCCUCGCACAAAAAGAAACAGAAGCAUUUGUCCAGGAAUAAAAGCUUGGAUAUAAGGGAACUUAUAGGUUGUGUGGAAAGGGAGAUGGUUCCUUUGACGGGAGGAACUUCAACAGGUCAGCCACCUCGCUUUAUAGACGACACCUAUAUAGACCACAAGCCCAAGCACAUACUGUUCAAUGACGAUGAGAAUACGGUGUAUAUCAUAAAGAAAGAGCAACCUGUGGCCAAGUCCAGUCAUAAGGUUAGCAAUUCCUCAUCCUCUGCAGGCCAAACCAAUGGAGAUGUCCUGAAGGCCCGACUGAAGCUGAAACGUCUGCCCAGCGAUCAUUAUGAGGCUUCACCGGAGGCCCUGCGAAGAGCUCAUCUGCUGCACCAGCGAUCCGAGCAGCGUCAUCAGCUGCAAAGGCGCAAAAGUCUCAGCGAUCAGCAGAGCAGUAGCAGUUUGAGCAGUGGCGGCGGUGGAGGGGGCAGUGCCAACGGGAGCAUUAUGCUGGAACGACCCAAAACCGAUAAGCCGCGCAAGAAGCUAUCCUUCAGGGAGCCCAUCAUAGCCGGAGACCAAAUACUACCACUCAUCCUCAACGAACAGCGACAGGCGAGGCAGAGGCGUCGCAGUUCCCCCCUGGAGCGCGCCAAAGGGGGCUUAAUAACGGGAGAGGACUGUGAUAAUUUAUGCAAUAAUCGCACAAAGGAUGCAAUUUCCUGCGGCUGUGCGACGAGCGAUCCGGAGUCCCAGGCCAUGCGCAUCGUUCGCACCGUGGGCCAAGCCUUUGAAGUGUGCCACAAAUUUAAUCUUCAUAAGAAUUCCCUGGAACCCAAUGACGAACGCUCCGACAUAUCCUCCUCGGAGCUCCUGGAUGUGGAGCAAAUCAGCGAGCAGCAGCUGAGUGAAGAUGGAGAACGCGUUGGCGGCGACAACGAGACGCCCAAGAAAGAGCACUUGGCCAUAACACCCGAUCUGAACCUGAACCACACGCAGCCGCAGCGCCCCAGCCACUUGGAGCUAAUGCCAUCGCAUUCGAGUCUACGCAAAUCGAACAGCCUGCUGUGCGAUGUGGACGACAAGUCACCAGGCUCACCCUCCUCUCCGCGUUCUGAGAUCACCCAGCUGAAGGAUCAGCUGGAGGCACAGGCUCUGCAAACGCGCCAGGCUCUGGGCCAACUGAUGCUGGUGCGGGAGCAGCUCAUCUCGGAGACCAAUGCGCGCAUCGAGGCGCAGGCGCGCACCCAACAACUGCUGCAGCAGAACCGGGAGCUUCUGGAGCACCUGGCCUCUCUGGGGGCCUACAACGAACAGCAGAGUGCGGGUCUCACGUCGGCCAAUAUUGGAAUGGCGCCACAGCUCUCGUCGACGGCGAAAGUGGCCCGAUGGUUCCAGCAGCUUCCCUGGCACACCGCCUCCUUGUCCCGCCCGGAAAGCGGCUUUGUAUCCGGCGACUCACGCUCGGAGAAGUACCAGGAGGAUCAUUUCUAUGGCGGAGGCGUCAUCCAGACCAAGGAGACGGAUGAUUUAUGCGAUGAAUUUCUGCUGGUGGAGGGCAGCAGCACCAUUUGGACAAAGCUGAGCGCCAAAAAGCGUCGUAAAUUGCUCGGCAUGCGGCUGGGCAAAGUGACAACGUUCUGAGGUUGCCCAUCGCACAUUUGUGCGUAAUGUGUGCGUUUAUUAGCUGUUAAGUGAGUUUUUAGCAUAGCCCUAAGUGUAGGCUUGAUAAAUUUCACCCUAGGCCUAGGACGACCAAUAGACUAAAGGACCAAAUUAACCCAAACGAAGCGGAACGAACGACAUGCUCAUCAUUGAGUUGCCAUUCAACAGGCAUAGGAUAUAAGUCAAUUAGCGGGCCAGAGAAGUAAGCUCAAUGUGUAUUUAAGUAUUAACUGAAUGGUAGUAUUUUGGGACAGUUAUCGUGAGAUAGUUCUACAUGGCCAAUUCAUUAGGCGUACAAGCCACGCACAUUAAUCAUACGCCACGUAGCCCGGCCAGCCAAAAACACACACACCUACUGCCAGAAGCCAGAGGGAAAAAGAGCAUUUACUGCUUAACUUGACCAACUUUUCGUGUACGAGAAAAACUGGUUAUUAAGCUAAGCAAACAAGGGCAAAAAGCAGGGAAAACGGGAAAUACAGGAAAAGCACGAAAAGCAGGAAACGCAGGAGUUGGCUUUUCCAGGACCAAAAAGAUCAAAAUGUUGGAUAUUCAUAAAUUUUUGCCAGCUUCACCGUUUUUAUGCAUAAAUCGAUUCUACUUUUACGCUUGGCGGUCCCUUUUCCUUCCUUUUUUCCCGUUUUAUUCGGGUAACUCUAUAAAUUUAAGUCAACUUCCGUGGGGAAGUGCAAACCGAACUUGCGGCAUACGUGGCGUAUAAGCGAUUUACUCGAAAUUUAUGGGGAUUUGCUGGCUAUAAAAAACGGGGUUGCUCGACGCUAGUUAGCCAGCAACGAAGGUGUUGUACAGCAGAUUGUACUUUCACUUUGAUGGGUUAAGUUAGGGUUAGUAAAACCAGAUAACUUAAGGUUAGUUGAAUAUGCAGAAACACAUGCAAAAAACACUGUGACAAUCAUCAUUUCAAUCGUUUCGAGGGGUGAAAGCGAAAUUUUGCAAUUCAAAUUUGAGUGGAGUUAAAGCCGCCCAAAUGGUUUUCAAUCAUCAUCAAAAACUCUGUCGAGUUUUUAUUGCAUUAUUUGGUAGCUUUUCCGUUUAUUGCCCCGGCAUCACAAUGAAAAGACGAUUUUCCGAAAACGAUUUUAUGGCAUUUUUGCCAUUUAGGUACGAAAUUUAUAGAUGCAAGGAGAAAAAAACACAAAUUAAUUUACGUAAAAUGGUUUUAGUUAAUUUAUGCAAACGAUUUUUGAGACUGAAACUGAAAUUUGUACUAAGCAUAAAAACCAGGCCACACAAACACACAUGCACACGUCACAUCACACACAUUCCAUGAACAUUUGCGACAAAUAGGAAAACUUUUUUAUAAGCUACUUUACCCAAGUUGAAUUAAUAUUAGUUGCUCGCCGGUUCAACGCAAUAGAAUAAAGUGAAAAUAAUAAAAAUUAAAUGCAACAUGCUGGUGCAGCUAGAUGUC